AUGGCUCAGGCAACUAUCUUCUUUUGGGGACUCUUCCAGCAAUAUGCUGAAGCAGACAGAAAGGCUGUGCCUCGUGUGUCCUUGUUUGUCGACGACAUGGAAGGGAUUGCCUACGCAAGCAACAAUGAAAUUCAUGUAGGUGAUGACUACAUUAAAGGAAUUAAAGGUGAUAUCAAAUGGGAUUUUAAUGGUGUGCUUUACCAUGAAAUGGCACACAUUUGGCAGUGGGACGGAUCCGCUGGCACGAAAGCUCCUGGUGGAUUGAUUGAAGGGAUUGCUGAUUUUAUGAGGCUAAAAGCAAAUUAUGCACCAAGCAAUUGGGUGAAACCAGGGCAGGGUGACAGGUGGGAUCAAGGGUAUGAUGUUACAGCUAGGUUUCUGGACUAUUGCAAUGGUCUUAGAAAGGGGUUUGUGGCUGAACUUAACAAGAAGAUGAGGGCUACUUAUAGUGAUAACUUCUUUGUUGAGUUGCUAGGGAAGCCUGUUGAUGAGCUGUGGAGGGACUACAAAGCCAUGUUUAGGAACUAA